UCUCUUGGCGAGAGUGCGCCUGUGCAAGUCGUCCAAGCGCCUCUCGAGUCGUUGAGGGGGCUGUUUUGCUUGUUCCGCCGUUAUUGUUUGUCUCCCUUUGUGGGGCUUUACUCUCCCACCGUCAAGAUGCCGCGGAUCAUGAUAAAAGGGGGCGUGUGGCGGAAUACAGAGGAUGAAAUUCUUAAAGCAGCUGUAAUGAAAUAUGGCAAAAACCAGUGGUCUCGUAUUGCCUCUUUGUUGCACAGAAAAUCAGCAAAACAAUGCAAAGCCAGAUGGUAUGAAUGGCUAGACCCAAGUAUUAAGAAGACAGAAUGGUCACGAGAGGAAGAAGAGAAAUUGCUCCAUUUGGCCAAACUUAUGCCAACUCAGUGGAGAACUAUUGCACCAAUUAUUGGACGAACAGCUGCCCAGUGUUUGGAGCAUUAUGAAUUUUUAUUAGAUAAAGCUGCUCAAAGGGACAAUGAGGAAGAAACUGCUGAUGAUCCUAGAAAACUUAAACCUGGAGAAAUUGAUCCAAACCCAGAAACUAAGCCAGCCAGACCAGAUCCUAUUGAUAUGGAUGAGGAUGAACUUGAGAUGCUUUCUGAAGCUAGAGCUCGUUUGGCUAACACUCAGGGAAAGAAAGCCAAAAGGAAAGCAAGAGAGAAGCAGUUGGAAGAAGCCAGGCGUCUUGCUGCUCUACAAAAAAGGAGAGAACUCCGAGCUGCAGGAAUUGAGAUCCAGAAAAAAAGGAAAAAGAAAAGAGGAGUAGAUUACAAUGCUGAAAUCCCAUUUGAAAAGAAACCUGCUCCUGGUUUUUACGAUACAUCAGAAGAAAACUAUCAGGCACUGGAUGCAGAUUUUAGGAAACUAAGACAACAAGAUUUGGAUGGGGAACUGAGAUCGGAAAAAGAAGGAAGAGAGCGAAAAAAAGAUAAGCAACAGCUGAAACGGAAAAAAGAAUCUGAUUUACCGUCAGCAAUUCUUCAGACUAGUGGUGUUUCAGAAUUUACUAAAAAAAGAAGUAAACUGGUGCUUCCAGCUCCUCAGAUUUCAGAUACAGAACUUGAGGAAGUAGUUAAAGUUGGUCAAGCAAGUGAGAUUGCCCGUCAAACAGCAGAAGAAUCUGGAAUUACAAAUUCUGCUUCCAGCACGCUCUUAUCAGAAUACAAUGUAACCAACAACAGUAUUGCCCUUCGAACACCUAAAACACCUGCUGCACAGGACAGGAUCCUACAGGAAGCUCAGAAUUUAAUGGCACUUACAAAUGUUGAUACUCCCUUGAAAGGAGGUCUUAAUACACCCUUACAUGAAAGUGAUUUCUCUGGAAUAACACCUCAGAGACAAGUUGUUCAGACACCAAAUACUGUGCUUUCCACUCCCUUCAGGACUCCUACUCAUGGAGCUGAAAGUCUGACUCCUCAUAGUGGAAUGACUCCCAAGCCAGUGAUAGGAGUGACACCAGGCAGAACUCCACUGCGUGAUAAGCUAAAUAUUAAUCCUGAGGAGGGGAUGGCAGAUUAUAGUGAUCCAUCCUAUACAAAACAUAUGGAAAGAGAAUCCCGUGAAAAUUUGCGCCUAGGAUUGAUGGGUCUUCCUGCUCCAAAGAACGACUUUGAAAUUGUUCUACCAGAAAAUGCAGAGAAGGAGCUUGACGAUCAUAAUGCAGAUGAUACAUACAUAGAAGAUGCAGCUGAUGCAGAUGCUCGCAAACAGUCCAUUCGAGAAAUGGAGCGCCUAAAGGCUUUAAAGCGAAUGCACAAAGCUGUUCAGAAAGAUCUACCAAGACCUUCUGAAGUAAAUGAAACAAUUCUGAGACCUUUAAAUGUAGAGCCACCUCUAACCGAUUUACAGAAGAGUGAAGAACUGAUUAAGAAAGAGAUGAUCACUAUGCUUCACUUUGAUCUUGUGCAUCAUCCUUAUGGGGAGGUCCCUGGCAGCAAGAAGACGAAAGUUCCAGGACUGGGAACCAGUAGCACAGAACAUAUAGCAUAUCUUGAACACAAUCCGUAUGAAAAGUUUUCAAAAGAAGAGCUCAAGAAGGCUGAAGACUUUCUGUCCCAAGAGAUGGAAGUUGUGAAGCAAGGGAUGAGCCAUGGAGAGCUUUCAAGUGAAGCUUAUAAUCAGGUGUGGGAAGAAUGUUACAGCCAGGUACUGUUCCUUCCCGGGCAGAGUCGCUACACACGAGCCAAUUUGGCCAGUAAAAAGGACAGGAUUGAAUCACUUGAGAAGAGAUUAGAGAUUAACCGAGGUCACAUGACUACUGAAGCUAAGAGAGCUGCCAAGAUGGAAAAAAAGCUAAAGAUAUUGCUUGGUGGUUAUCAGUCUCGAGCCAUGGGACUCAUAAAGCAAUUAAAUGACUUGUGGGAUCAGAUUGAACAAGCUCAUCUUGAACUGUGCACAUUUGAAGAAUUAAAGAAGCAUGAAGAUGCAGCUAUUCCAAGGCGACUGGAGUGCCUAAAAGAAGAUGUUCAACGGCAACAAGAAAGAGAAAAAGAACUUCAGCAGAGAUUUGCAGAAUUCAUGCUGGAUAAGGAAACAUUUCAGUCAAAAUAUUAAGCCUCCUAUUUUGCUUUUACUGUGACACCAUUGUUUGUAACAUUUUUCAGAUGCAGCUGAUAAAUUAUGAUACUUCUCUCCCAUCAAAAUUAAGCACAAGCAAAUGUGCUAAUAAAUUUAUAUUGUAUUUUAAGAAGAUGCUUUGUACCACAUGGUCAUGUACCUUUUCCUUUGGAAGAAAGAAGCAGAAAUGAAAUCCAUAUAUCCUGAUCUAACAAGCAUAAUUUGCAUGCUGUAAAAAUGCUAUACAGGGUAAACAUUCCACAUCCACCUUUUAAUUCAUCACACAAUUAUUUUGUUCAAGUUACUGUUUUCUUGUCCUUUUAGAAUUUCACCUGAGAUCAAGGAAAAGUAUAUAUUUAAAACAGUCUUUGUGCUACUAAUUACUGUGAAUCUGGAAUGUAAAGCAGUGUAUUAAAGUGUAUUUGUGUCUAACGACUUGAAAUUUGUUUGCAAAUUAAAACUAAAUUUAAUUUUAAAUUGAAACUAGGUAAUAGCAUUUAUUAUGAUCAUUCAUAUAAUGUUCAUAUGAUUAUUAUGGAGUUUAUGUAUUUCAGAUUUCAUUUUGUGGAUAUUUUGUUAAUUAUAAAAUAAAAAUUACAAGUUCAUGAAACUUGAUGUGUAUGGCAUGAGGGUUGACGGAGAAUAUCUGGUGAAGAUUACCUCAGGUGUCAAACAUGGAACUUGUUUGGUAGAUAAGACUCUGUCUCUCCCUUCCUGCCCCCCUCAGAAUAUCUAGGAGCUGCUGUUGCUGAUGAUGAUCUCUAGCUGUUGGUGCUUUUAGGGUCUAGUUGCCUGGAAGCAGCUUGUCUGCAGCUAGGAAACUACUUGAAUAUCUCCACAACAUUUCAUGAGUUGGCCUUCUUGAGAUGGACUCCCCGGCAUAGCCCAUUCUCGCUUUAAGAAGGGCCCAAACUUGAGUUUUGUAGUCCCUCCCUCCCUCCCUGUCUGUUCCCACUGCCUUUGUGUCACCCCCUCUUUCUUACUUGAUCUCUUAUCACCACCCCCUGUUGUUUGGUUCUUUCCCCUCCCCAGUCUCUUGCCAGUUUCUUCCAUCCCAGUGCCUCAUAUUUUCUACCAUGCACUCCUUGUCAUAAAGCUUGCAAUAAUCCACUCCAAAGACUUAACAAUAGCUAUUUCUAAAGCAAAGCCCUCUUGUGUGAGAUAAAUUGUAAAUGAAAGGACGUAGCAUCAAAGUAGAGUGAUACUCAACUUUCAUUCAUUCCAAAGGGACUUAAGGCAGAAAUUCCUGAAUAAUUCUGCCAAAAAGCACUUGAGCUUCUAAAUUCCUGUUAAAUUUCAGUAAAGUUAUGUUUAAGUGCCAAACAUUUCUCUUUCCAUUUUUUAAAUUGAGAAUAGCAAAGGAAUAGAAAUACAACCAAGAAUAAAAGUGAAAAACAUACUGAUAGUUUUGGAUCCUGAAGAGGAAUUCUGUUAAUCUCUCAAAUUAUUCCUGUUAGUGGCUCAGCAAAGGAACUAUUGGAAUGAAAAUGGUUUGGUUUGGUUUGAUUUGAAUAUAGAGCACUUGUUUGUUGAGAGGAGAUAAUAUCGGAUAUAGUAGUAAUUUUGCAUCCAACCAAGCUUGGGGUUUAUAAGUGACUAAAUAUAGAAGUCAUUGCAGAAACAAUUAUUUCUGAUGAAUUUUUAGAACUGAAAAUGCCUACAAAAAUGAAAAUAUAAAUAUUUAUUUCUCUGUAAUUAGAUAUAUUUACCGUGUUUCCCCGAAAAUAAGACCCUGUCUUAUAUUUUUUUGAACCCUUAAGCCAUGCACUCAAAAGCCCAAUUGAACUUAUUAUCAAUAAUCAAUAAUGUCUUAUUUUGGGGAAAACGGUAAGUGAAGGCACUAAGCCUUGGUGGCAGAAGCGGACUAAACUGCUGUUAAAGUAGCACUUAGCUGCCAGCUGCCUGCAAUUACUGCGAGUUCAAUUCUCACCAGGUUCAAGGUUGAUUUCAGCCUUCCAUCCUUCCGAGGUAGGUAAAAUGAGGACCCAGUUUGUGGGGACAAUAAGCUGACUUUGUAUAAAAUAGAACACCAAAAAGUUCUACUAAGCAGAUAUAUACAAAAGUAUGAAGACUAUUGCUUAAUGCAUUGUAAGCCACCCUGAGUCUCCAGAGUAGGGUGGCAUAUAAAUUGAACUAAUUAAUUAAUAAAUAAAUAAGCAAGCAAGUUCUCAUCAAAAUAUCCCCUUCUAACUUUACAAUUCUAUAAACCUUUCCAUUUAUAGAUAGAUAUUCCUUAUGGGUAUCUUUAUGGUAAAUACAGUGAGACCAUCUUCAAUCAUAACUACAUUGAAUGUUAUUCUCUGCACAUUGUAAAAUUUUUAAAGAAAACUUUCUUAGUUGCUUAAGAAAGCCAUAAUUUCAUCUGAAUUAACUAGUGAUUUUUUUAAAAAAAAUGCAUUACUGAAAGAAAUUGAACUUUUCUGCAAUAAAGCAACAUGAAUGAG